GAUCAGGAUCAGGAUCAGGAUCAGGAUCAGGAUCAGGAUCAGGAUCAGAAUCAGGAUCAGAUUCAAAAAUUGAAACUUCUGAUGAUAAAGUAAGCCCUGACAAACAGAAUCCGAAUGAAGACGAGAAAAAGAAUGAAGGAAUAAAAGAUACAGAUAAAAAUACAGAAAAGGAAGAAAAGAAGAAAGAAAAUGAGAAAAGGAAAGAAGAAUCAAACAAUAAAAAUGAUGAGGAAAAGAAGGAAAAGAAGGAGUUUACUGCCACAGGACAAAUAGAUUUCUCCGGGUGCAAGGAAGAUCAGGAGACAGGACUUUGCUGUAUCUUUAAAGAGGAAACCAUCAAGACUAUUGUAAAGCAACCUCUGUUAGAAUGCUUGCAUAAAGAGGUUGAAGAAUGUCAUUACACGUAUGUAACACAGUUUUAUCCUUCACAGGAGGAGUUUUGUGAGGAGAAUUUUGAGAAGAGUUGUCAGAUAACUUUUCAUAAACAGGCGACAAACCAAACAGUUAGAAAAUGUUACAGACCUCUUGUGCGAGUUUGUGAUCCAAUUAAAGAGAAAAGAGUUCGACGGAGUAUAGACAAUUCUGCAAGACACGCACGUAACGCCAUCUAUUCUGAUCUGAAAGCCAGGUUUCAACGGCAAACUGGAAGUUCCGACGCUAGGUGCCGCACAUUCUUUGAAACCUCGUGCACAACAAAAUAUGUUGAGAAAGCCCCUGGACAAAUGGUCGCGGAUACCAGCUGUGAAAAAAUACCAGUUGAACUUUGCGGACUGGCUAACUGUCGAAUGGAGCCUGGGGAAGAAGAAUGCCAUGACAAGGAAGAGUCUAGUAUAAUAGAAGUUCCUGAAGAAUCCUGUGAUCUCAAUCCAAUGAAGACUUGUAGGUUUGCAACCAAGUUGGUUCCAAAACUUGAUGCUGUUCAAGAAUGCUCUCUCGUACCAAAGGAGGUUUGCCAACUCAAGUUUGAUUCUGCAAAGGAAAAGGACAAACCACUUAUUACAAAGUGGUGUUUGGAUCCAACUACAGUUGUUCCAAGCAAAGGGUACAGCGAAGAAGAAGAGAUUGGAUUGAUUUCUGGAUCUGAAAAUAUUGGUCAAAAGCCAACUGUCAACAAACCUCUUCUUGAAGCUGUCCCCCCAACAACGCCAUCUGGAAAACCUGGAACCCAACCACCUACCUCCUCUGUUAACCAGUCACCUCAACAAUCUAUUUCUACGCCCAGCUCCGAGAAACAGCCACAGUUUACCAAUACUACUCCAGACAAACCUAAAGUAUCAACGGGUACAGUCCCACUAGCUCCUGUAACUCCAACCAAGGUUGAUGGAAUUAACGCAGAAGCCGAGAAUGAAUAUCUUGCCCCGGGUGAAAAUGAAUCCGGUCAACCUAUUCCAGUCACAUCGCAAUUAAUAAAUGAAGGUAAAGUUGAGCCCGGCAAGCUUACAGUAGAGACUGUUCUUGACUACCUAGCACCUCAAACCUCAGGAAGUUUUCAAGGAAUUUCCGCCAUUUCAUCAGAUAUCAACUAUAUUCCUCCAAAUGAAGAUGGUUCGAUUAAAGCCGACAAUAAGGACUCAAAAGCUGGUAAAAAUAACAAUCAGGACUUUCUAAAGGGAAGAAAGCCUUCUGGAAGUACAUCAGUUUCCCCUGAUAAAGACAAAGAAGACAAGGAGAAUGAUGAUGAUCUUAGUAGUUAUAACCCAUUAUCUAAUUCUGCUGGUUUGGGUAUCUCUACAUCUACAGAUAAAAUCCCAAUCCUGACCGAUGAUAACCUAGAAACAUACGUAUCUUCCGUAAAUCAGCCAGAGGGAUCCUUUGGGAAGGAUCAGGAUGAAACAAAACAAAAGAAUAAAGAUUCUGAUCCAGAUACUACAGGCAAGCAAGAUGGAAACAGAAAUGACAUCAAUCAAGAUCAGAAUGGUUCUUCAGAUCUUAGCUCUUACCAGACACCAACCACUUCCUCUGGUUCAACGGUUGAUGAAAAUAAACCAAUCAAGAGUCUUGAAGCUUAUGGAGUAGGUUCUGAAACUGCUGAAGUAAUUGAUCAGGAGACUGAGUCUGAAAAUACUGCUGGAACAAGUGAUCAGGAGGCUGAUUCUGAAGACGCUCUGAUGCUGGAUAUGAAGGAUAUGAAAGAGUUCAAGGAAAUGCUCGAAAUAUUUACACAGAUCAUGGAUUCGACUCCUCUAACCAUCAAAUCCAAUGAGAUUGAGGACGAAGGUCUCUCCCUGGAUUUCUAUGGAAGUCCGCAAAUUGAGGAAUUGGGAAUCUCAUACCUUCCCCCGAAUCAAGAUACAGAGACUGAAUCAAAUGAAGACGAUACUCAAUUAUCUGAAACCCAGCUCGGUAGUGGUUUAACGGAUAAGAAGCAAAACAAAAAUAAAGGUGCAGUACGGAGACCAGGACUGUAUUUAGCCCCUCCUCUCCCAACCUACCAGAAUACAGACAAGGAAAUCCGGGACGUGAGUAAAUAUCUUCCAAACUUCGGAACUAAACUUAAACAGCCACGCCUACCACAGACACGCCUACCCUGGAAAGACAUUGAUGAGUAUCUCAGUAUGCAUGGUAAUUAUUACAAUGAUAAUAAUGUUCAUAAAAAACUGUGA